AUAAAAUAUGAAAAUGACUACAUCUAUGUCACACUGUUUUGAAAUCUUUUUGAACGGGCUCGUAGUAAUAUGGCGAUAAUGAUGUGAGGUCAUUAAUAAGCGUAUAGAGAGGACCUGUGGGCAGUAACUAGUGGUGAGAGGUCUUUCUUAAUCACAUAUCUGAGCAGGAUAGUGCAGUAUAUUGUUAGUCGCAAGCUAUUUUUCGUAAUAACAGGAAUAAAGAUGACAAAAAUGCAAUAUGUUUGUCUCAUAGCAACCGCAUUGGUCGCUAUAGUAACCUGCGAGAAACAACAUCCGAUGGUUCGUCGAUGCAUUCUUGGAUGCGGCAUGUGUGUUGGCUUUUGGGGCAAGCAGAACUAUGACGGCGAGAAUUGUGCGAUAGGAUGCGCCAAAUCCCUUGGUAAAACAAUCGAUAUGGACUGUGAGAACAUAGAUUACCACGUAGGAAAAAGAUCGGUUCUUGAUCAUGAUACAAUGGAAAAACGGCGAUUCGACGUAAAUACCUGCCAGAAAAGUUGUGAAAACUGCGUUGCUUUAUACACCAACGCACAUUACGAUGAAUUCAGAUGCAAAGUAGCAUGUUCUAUGACAAAUGGGGAAUCAACAGACGUCAAUUGUGACAAAGCUGACGUUUUUUUGACGAAAAGGAGUAAUCCAGAAAUCACUUCAUGAUGCCUUUGUUAGAUAUCAUAUUCUGAUUAUUGCAUUUUAUACCAAUUACCAAAAGUAUCAUAAACGUUAUUGAAGUUACAUUAUUUGAAAGCAGAAUCAGAUCUAUAGGAGUGACAAAAUUGACCUACAAAUGAAUUCCUUACAAUCUCAAAUAGCCAUAAUUAUAUCUCCCCAAAGAGCCACGAUAUGUUAUCAAUUUGUGACGUUGUUUAUGUUUCAAAGUGCAAAAAUAGGGAACAGAUAUCUAAAUUCUCCCAAAUAAAAAAUAUGGUAACCAUAUUCAUAAAAAAGUAAUGCAUUAUUGUAAAAGUCUUUUUUUUCAAAUAAAAUAUACUUUGGGUAUUUUUGAGGAUAGUGAGGGCCCAAAAUACCCAAUAUGGGCCCAAAAUUGUGGCCAAGACGACUUUUGAUUUUCAAUGCCAUCUUCCUAGAUCUGAUACGACUUUUAAUCUAGAAUAAGAUAGUUGUUUAUCCCAAUCAACCACAACCGAGCGGUUAAUUUUUAGCAAUGUCCAAUUAUGACCUAUAUCAUUCAAUAUCAGGGAUCAAAACAGGAGAAAACAGUUGUUUGUUUUUGUUACAUCGGUGGUGAUUUUCCAACGCCUAUUGUAAGAAAUAAAUGAGAUCUUGCGUAAUGAUAUAAUAACAUGAAUAAAGAGAUUCAGGAAC